UAAAUUGUUGAAACGAGGUCGUACUAUAUUAGUCUACGAAAUUCUCCCCAAGAUAUGAGGUCGUAUGUUGAUCCAGAUUAUUCUAUAGGUCGCAACCUGCGACAGAGACAUAGAAAAAAAGGAGGACUAUCUAACGAAUAUUCACAUCAUUUAGAUUCCGAAAAUAAAAAAAGAGGCAGAAAGAAAUGUCAAAAUGGCGCAUAUGAUGAAUACGGAAAUAUUCGGCUCAACGGUCUGGACAUUUGUGACUGUAUGAAUCAAGAAUGUGAUGGUUGCUGGUAUAAUUGCCGAAGUUGUGGCUCUACCAGGUGUGGUCCUCAAUGUCGCUCAAAUCGAAAAUUUUUUUAUGAGGACAUAACAUAUGACGGAAAAGAUUUAAGUAUUCAAAAUAAAUAUAUGCCAAAAUACAGUUAAAAAUAUACAAGUAUUAAUAAAAUAUUUAAACCUAAUCAUUAAACAGCUAAACGAGCAAUAAUUAAACUAGCAAUCAGAAGAAAUAUAUCACA